AUGGCAAACGCAGCGAGCGGCGACCUGUACAUGGGCUUCGACCUGUCGACCCAACAAUGCAAAUGCCUAGUCGUGUCCUCGGACCUCAAGCUUGCCCACUCCGCCCUUGUUGACUUCGACGCCGACCUCGCCCACCACGGCAUCAAAAAGGGUGUGCUCACCAAUCCCGCCGAAAAUGAGAUCUUUGCGCCCGUCGCCAUGUGGCUCGAGGCCUUGGACCUGGUGCUCUCGCGCCUGCAUUCCCAGGGCCUCGACUUCGGCCGCGUGAAGGGUAUCGCUGGUGCCGGUAUGCAGCAUGGAACAGUAUUCUGGGGCCCGAAUGCUGAAAAGGUCAUGGGAAGCCUUGAUAGUGGUAAAGGGCUGGCUGAGCAAUUGAUUGGAAAGAGUGCGGAUGGUAAAUGGAAGGAUGUUCAAGAGCUUGGCGCAUUUGCACAUGAGCACAGCCCGAACUGGCAGGAUGCAAGUACGCAGAAGCAGUGCGAGGAGUUUGAUAAAUGCUUGGGCAGCCCUGAAAAGCUGGCAGAGGUGACGGGAAGCAAGGCUCACCACCGGUUCAGUGGGCCCCAGAUCAUGCGCUACCGUCAGAAGUACCCCGAUCACUACGCGAAGACGUCCCGGAUUUCUCUCGUGUCCUCUUUCAUCUCGUCUGUUUUUCUGGGAAAGGUUGCCCCCAUCGACAUUAGCGAUGUCACUGGAAUGAACCUGUGGGAUGUCCACAACGGUAAAUGGCAUGAGGACUUGCUUACCCUCUGCGCCGGUGGGGCUUCCGGUGUUGCUUCUCUGAGGGAGAAGCUUGGCCAUGUUUUCGAGGACGGUGGUAGGUCAUUUGGUGCCGUCAGCCCAUAUUUCGUUUCCCGCUAUGGCUUCAGCAAGGACUGCAGUAUCCUCCCAGCCACGGGCGAUAACCCGGCCACGAUCCUAGCUCUCCCUCUUAGGGAGGGUGACGCCAUUGUCAGUCUUGGAACGAGCACGACCUUCUUAAUGAGCACGCCCGUGUACAAGCCCAACCCAGCAUACCACUUCAUGAAUCACCCAACCACAGCCGGCCUGUACAUGUUCAUGCUUUGUUACAAGAACGGCGGUCUCGCCCGUGAGCAAGUCCGCGACGCGCUCAAUGUGCUUACCGGCCAGCCCGAAAGGUCUUGGGAAAAGUACAACUCGACCGCGCUCUCGGAUGCUGUUCUUGGCCAGCCCGACUCCAAUCCUAAGGCCCCUAUGAAGCUCGGCCUCUUCUUCCCGCGCCCGGAAAUCGUGCCCAACGUCAAGGCUGGCACCUGGCGCUUCCUGUACGAACCAUCGAAACUGACCACAUCCUCGCCCUCCCACACCGACAUCCAGGCUGCCCUCACGCCACUCUCUUCCGACGAAGACACACGCUGGGGCGGCCCUGCCACCGAUGCCCGUGCCAUCGUAGAGUCACAGUUCCUGUCCCUCCGUCUGCGCAGCGCCAGUCUUGUACUUCCGCAGAAGUCUGCAUCUGGAGUCAGUCUCCCCGCACAACCGCGCCGCGUCUACCUCGUUGGCGGCGGUUCUCAGAACGCCGCCAUCGCCGACCUGUGCGGCCAGGUGCUCGGCGGCGCCGAAGGUAUCUUCCGACUCGACAUUGGCGGCAACGCGUGCGCGUUGGGCGCCGCAUACAAGGCCGUGUGGGGCGUCGAGCGCAAGGUGCACCAGCAACAAACUUCUUCCGCGGAGGAGCUGGUGCCUAACUUUAAACAAAAGGCCGGCGAGGGCAUUGAGACGUUUGAGGAGUUCAUCGAAGCGCGCUGGGAUGAGAAGAGCUUCGUGAAGAAGAUUGCAGAGGGCUACCGCGAGGGCGUGUUCGAAAGGUACGGGGAGGCUGUUAAGGGGUUCGACGGCGUGGAGAAAUGGGUGUUGGAGAGGUUCGGGGAGGAGUGA